AUGGAUGUGUACGAAGAAAUGAGACGCUUACGCCGAAUCAAGGAGGCUAUUCCACCGCUUCCCGAGCCUUACACGCUGUACAACAAGAUCGUACACAGAAGCAUGGAACUCCGUAUAGCUACUCGCUUUAUGAGUGAUCUUUUUAAUCGUAUUCAGGAACUGAGAAUUUCCAAAGAAAGUCCCAAAGAACGCUGGGUACAGUUGAAGCUGCUUGAAACCCUGAGGGAAAAAACCUAUGCAGAGUUCGCGCUACUACGCUCAGAAAUCCGCAUGCUUUUCACCGCUGUGCCGUUGGUAAUCGCUUUAGAAUUGAUAUCCGAGGACGAUUGGGAUGCCCUCAUUACCAAACCGCAACGCGACGACAGAGGAAAAGCGCUUGUUCUGGAUCAGCAUCAGCUAGAGCGUGUCAUGACGGAUCAAUUCGAUAUACUUGAGGAGUACCGCUUGAUGCUGGCAGAGCUGAGACACGAGAUCAAGGACGAGGAAAGUCACCAGGCGGAAGACUUUCAAAAAUCAGUGCUAUCAGCCUUGAAGGAUGUCAGUGAAUCAGUGAAAGCCGGAUUUCGAAACUUCACACCGAGCAAUGACCGGAACGAUCUUGAGGAGCUGAGAAACAUUGUCCAAAACGAGACGUCAAAACUUCAGGAAGACAUCACUUUGUUCGUCGAACACGUGCGCAACACAGUUGUCGAAGCCUUAUCAAAGCUGUCGGCACCUACAACCGCAGAAGAACGCACUGUAGACAAUCCUGAAGACGCUAGCGAUGGUGAGGGGGAGGGCACUGAGGUGCUCCAACCAGAGACGGACUCCCCGGACAAGAUGGAAGCGCAGAUUAUCCAGCAGAAUGUAGAAUUCAUGGAAAAUGUAGGAAUGGACGAUGAGGAAGAGUACGAGGCACUGAGGUGGCAACGCAGACGUCAGAUAGAUAGGAAACUCUACGACGCCUAUGUAGAAAUUCAGGAGCUCGACGAACUCAUCAGCGAACUUGAGAAGGAGCCUAAAUGCGAGCCUAGAGAUUUUAAACGAGGACUCAUAAGACGCUGGGACGAGAAAACGAUUCGCUGCGUCUUCUGCGACAGAGUUGGAAUACACUAUAGCGACUCUUGCGAUGUCUACAAGGAAAGCUCAGUGCGCAGACUGCUACUCGAUAGAGAACACAGGUGUUCCUGCUGUCUCGAAAUAAAGCUCACACACCAUGACUGUCGGAAAAUUAACGUGGGGUGUUACCACUGCAAAAGGCACGGGCACCAUAGCGCCAUUUGCGACCUACCAGAAAGGACGGAAGAAAUCAACAAAAGAAAAGCUGAAGCCCUGUGUGCAAAAGGAGAUGCCGAAAAGAGGAUCAAGGAGCUGAAGGAGCAAUUGGAGGAACUCUAUAGACCUGUUCAUCCAGCGUGA